GUGACGUUUCAAAAAUGAUGAUGCACGUUUCUGAAGGAAAUGUAUAACGUUAUUCGAGAACAAAGGUCCAUGCAUUAGAAUCGUGCACGGUUACUUUUAGUUAUACUCUUAAUUCAAGAUUAAAUAGAGUUCGAAAAGUUUAGAAAUGGAAAGUACUAUGGUAUACAAGAUAACGCAUUAUCAAGAGAUGUGAUAAUUUAUGACAGAAUAACUGGAGCAACCAAUUAUCAAUAUCAUUAUUUCUAUUUGAAGGUUGCAAAUAAAUGAAGAAUGGACUAACAUGAAUCUUAGUAAUUGAGGAAAUAAAUCAACGGGCACUGCUGAACUAUUUAAGAGAAAGUUUUCAACAAUAAAAAGGUGUUACAACACGAUGAACAAUAUAACAUUGACAUUCUGCCCACCAAAUAUCACCUUUAAUGAAAUAUGGGUGAAUCAUGGGAUGUCACAGUGUUUCAUGGACACUGUGAGCACUACAAUCAUAUCUCUGUACCUCUUAAUAUUUGGCAGCAUACAACUCUGGAUGUACAAAAAAUAUGGGACAGAGAUAAAUCAUAAUUUGCUACCACAAAGUCGACUGUAUAACUUGCAAAAGUUUCUUCUCUAUUUUAUACCUUGCCUCAGUGUUUUAAGGGUCACACUGCAAGCUACUGUAGUGGGCAAUAAAACAAUUUAUGGAUAUAUGAUCCUUACCACUGUUCUUACUGCCAUAGUGUAUCCAUAUUCAGUUCAUAUUCUUCGAUUAGAAAGACAUAAAUUGUUACCAAGUACACCGACACGUGGACAUGGUUUGGUACUAUUGGGUUUCUGGACAUUGGCUUUCAUGGCUGAGAAUCUUGUUUUUAUUAACAUUGGUAAACUGGAUUGGUGGUUCCAUCUCAACUCCCAGACUGAUCAAGUAGAAAUGGCACUGUUCGUUCUCCGUUACGUCAGUAGUCUGGUAAUCUUCGCCGUGGGACUAAGAGCACCAGGAAUAAUAGGCAGUUCCGAAUUAGCUUACGGCACCAUCAAUGAUAAUUCCAAUACGCGAUCAGAAUUUUACCAAAGUCGACCUGAUGAUAACAGCUCGACCUGGAAAAAUGCUUGGUACAAAAUCAAAACCUUGGCGCCGUUCCUCUGGCCCAAGACUUCCUUCCUAUUGCAACUGCGAGUACAAUUCUGCUUCAUUCUGCUGAUAUUCGGUCGGAUAAUCAAUCUCUACGUGCCCAUUUAUAACAAGAAGAUCGUCGACAGUGUCACUGACACUCCUGGUGUCUUUAGAUGGGAUCUCGUUUUGAUCUAUGUGGGAUUUAAGUUCCUACAAGGCGGUGGUACUGGGGGUAUGGGUGUUCUCAAUAAUCUCAGAUCAUUUCUCUGGAUUCGUAUUCAGCAAUAUACUACCCGUGAAGUUGAAGUUGAGUUGUUCAGGCAUUUACAUGGACUUAGUUUACGAUGGCAUCUUGGUCGAAAGACUGGAGAAGUCUUGAGAAUUAUGGACCGAGGUACAGAUUCUAUUAAUAAUCUUCUGAACUAUAUUCUCUUUUCCAUCGUACCUACCAUCAUUGACAUUGCGGUGGCCAUAAUUUUCUUUAUCAGUGCCUUUAACAAGUGGUUUGGUCUUAUCGUAUUCGUUACUAUGACCUUGUAUAUUGCUGCUACAAUUUUUGUUACUGAAUGGAGAACCAAGUUUCAACGUAGAAUGAAUCUGGCUGAUAACGCGCAGAAGGCCCGCAGUGUCGACAGUCUUUUGAAUUUUGAAACUGUUAAAUAUUAUGGGGCAGAAUCAUACGAAGUAAACAGUUAUCGUGAAGCUAUCUUGAAGUAUCAGGCUGAAGAGUGGAAGGCUCUGAUUACUUUAAAUAUACUCAAUACUAUACAAAACGUCAUAGUCUGCAGUGGGCUCUUAACUGGUUCCCUACUGUGUCUUCAUAUGGUAGUAAACGGGGAGGGUCUUACCAUUGGUGAUUAUGUACUCUUCGCUAGUUACAUUAUCCAGCUAUACGUUCCACUUAAUUGGUUUGGAACUUAUUACAGGGCUAUUCAGAAGAACUUUGUGGACAUGGAGAAUAUGUUUGAACUACUUCGUGAGGAGCAGGAGAUAAUAGACGCACCAGGUGCCGGUCGCCUUGUAAUAAAGCACGGUCAGGUUGAAUUCCAAAAUGUAACGUUCGGCUACACACCGGAACGAAUCAUCCUGAAGAAUGUCUCCUUCGUCGCUCCAGCAGGAAAAAUUGUAGCUCUUGUGGGACCUACUGGUGCUGGAAAGUCAACGAUAAUGCGACUUUUAUUCCGAUUCUACGAUGUGGAACAAGGAGCAGUUAUUAUAGAUGGGCAGAAUGUGAAGACUGUUAAGCAGGAUUCUUUGAGGAGUGCUAUAGGUGUUGUACCCCAGGACACAGUGCUCUUCAACAACACUAUCAAGUAUAACAUACAAUAUGGUAGAAUCGAUGCACCGGAAGCUGACAUAAUAGCAGCAGCCAAGAACGCAGAUAUUCAUGAAAGGAUCCUGACGUUCCCAGACGGAUAUGAGACUCAAGUUGGUGAAAGGGGUCUAAGACUGAGUGGUGGUGAGAAACAGAGGGUAGCUAUUGCACGCACCAUCCUAAAAGCUCCAAAGAUUGUACUCUUGGACGAAGCCACUAGCGCACUGGACACUCAAACGGAGAGAAACAUCCAGGCAGCAUUAAAUAGGGUGUGCGCUAACAGGACAACCAUCAUCAUAGCACACAGACUAUCCACAAUCAUUCAUGCAGAUGAGAUUCUUGUUCUUAAAGAGGGCGAAAUAGUGGAACGUGGUCGGCAUGAGGAACUAAUAUCCAUUGGUGGUAUUUAUCAUGGCAUGUGGCAAGCGCAGCUUCAAAAUGAUCAGGAAAAUUAUAGCUCAGUUCUUCCAAUGGAAGAAGUACAUCAAGAAGAGGAUAAGGAGACUGCGCAAAAGAUUUUAUCUUAAUAGCUCUCCAAAUAAAACCUGUAAUUCAUCUAGGUAUACAUACAACUUUUCUCUUGAGAAUUCUUAUGUACAUUGUGUAUCCUGGUAUAUUAGUGGAUAUACAAAACAUCUCCAGUUUUGAAGAAGAAACUUGACAGAGCAUUUCUCUGCAAUGGAGUAAUUGCAACAGAUGCUGUCCACAUCAGAUUAAUUGAUUACAUGCGUAAUUUGUUCAAUGCAAUUCUUACAUGGUUAAAUAAAGUUUAUAAGUGAUACAAUAGUUUUUACACACAAUGUGACACUGUCUGUAUAGUGGAUCAUAAAUAAAUCUUUCUAUUAGUAAAAU